GGUGAAGAGAACAGUCGAGGGAGUAUGAGUAGGUAUGGGGGAGAUGAAGGGAGCUCUGGCAGGUCGGAAGGUUACAGAGGUAGAGUGCGAGGUGGAUUUGACCGGGACAGCAGAAGCCCACCUUCUGGUAUGGGAGGGGGUGACCGUGGUGGCUUCAAAAAUUUCGGUGGCUCAAGAGAUCUUGCACAUCGGUCUGAUUCAGGUGGUGAGCAGGACAACUCUGACAACAACACCAUCUUUGUCCAGGGACUGGGGGACAACGUAAACCCUGAAGAGGUGGCCCAAUAUUUCAAACAGAUCGGCAUCAUUAAGAUCAACAAAAAAACAGGCCUGCCUAUGAUCAACUUGUAUACUGACAAAGCAACCGGGAGGCUUAAGGGAGAAGCCACUGUGUCUUUUGAUGAUCCACCAUCUGCAAAAGCAGCUAUUGAUUGGUUUGAUGGUAAGUUUGCUUCCCAACAUUAAGUUGCUUUCAUGUGG